AUGUCAUGCGGGCGACUCGAGCAAGAUAUAUCAAUCAACCCAUCACAAUCCUUCGGCCGAACAGCUGUCACUGCUUGUAUUCUCUUCGGUGUAAGCAUGGCCCUACGGAUGGGAGUCGGCGACGCGUUCACUCUAUGCAAGAGCGCUGUUGAUCUCUGCAGCCGAGCCAUCCACGAAGAACAUGAAGGGGCGCAUACGAUCGUUACUGAGAUGAAGCAGGUGCGUGCUCAUCUGAAGUGCCUGGAAGAGCAGAUUGGAGACGAGAAGGUUUUUGCAAAAGCGAGGCCGGAUAUAGCACCAGUCAUCAAGAAGUCUUUAGAACCCUUACAUCGUGAUCUCUCAGAUCUUAAAGAAGCACUUCAUGCGUGUUCUGGGACUCGCAAACCAAGCAUUCAUGUUGUAGACCAAGUCCGAUAUCUGGUCUUGUACAAGGCCAAACUUGAUGGCUUCCGAGAGAAGCUACCUGCUCAUCGUGCCAGUAUUUCUGCAAUGCAGGAACUUAUUGAUAGCCAGUCACCAAGAGAGAGGAGGGAGUCGAUCGUGAAAUUGGAAGGGAUUGUGGAGGAGCAGGAGAAAGUUAGGGCGAGGGACGUCGAGUAUGAGAAAGCGCAGAGGGAAGUUGUGAAAAUGUUUGAGAAGAGGUCAGGCGUUCACUUGAGCGGAGACAGCGAGCAGUUGAAUGUAGGAGAGAUGUUGCAGCGACUGGAGAACGAUUUAGUGGACAAGGGUAUGGAAAGAAAAGAGGCCGAGCAGGCCCUAUUCCCAAUCACAAAAGCACUUUUGCGACAGCCACUUCCUCCCGCUAUUGAGCGACGCUCGAGUGCACAGAAACCGGAUUUCAAGCUGGAUCUUUUUGACCUCAAAGAGGAAUCGGGCUGUCUUGACAAACACAGGAGUGGUGCUACUUCGGUUGACUUCCGGGACAAUGAACUGGUACCUCCUGACGACGUCGACGAUGUGGAAGAUGACGAGCCGACUACAUAUCGCUUAGAAGACAUUUCUUCGCAUGGAGGAGAAAACAAAAUUAGCGCAUCGCCCGUGGCAUUCCUGGCUCGAAGACGACCGCUCCUGGACAAUCAGAUGAAGAGUUUGGAUCUCAUAUUGCCACACACAUGA